AUGGCGAAAGGUAAGAAGCAAAUAACUCCCUCAAAGAGGGUAGCGCAGGGCCCAAAAAUAGUGCUGCGGCCGGUAUCGUCCCCGCAGCGCCAGAACAACAGACAAUUCAGCAUUGUGUCGGAUUCGUCAGAUUCUGACUCCAGCGACGAUAGCGACGACAGCGAGAGCGAAUCAGACGACCAAUCGGCAGCGUACUCUGCACGACAGCAAGUGAACGAGAUCAUUUCGAGCAGUUCCGACAGCGAGAACGACUCGGACGAUUCGGAUAGUGAGAACGACUCGAGCUCGUCGUCGGACGACGACAACGUGGACUUUGUUCAGCUCACAAAGGAGAAAGCCCGUGCCAUGAAGGCUGCCAAGAAACGCAGCAGCUCCCGCAAGACAGGCAAGAAGGCGCAAAAACAGAUAGUUGAGGAGGUGGAGGAGCUUGACGAUGAGCUCGUGGACCAGGUUCUGGAGGAUGAAGAGCGCAAGUUCAACGGUUUGGAUUCUGCUGGAUCAGAAGUCGAGCUCGAUGCCGGCCAGGCAGAUUACAGCAGCAUGAUUGGCGAGGAGGAUCUAGGUGAGGAGGUGGAUAUCGGCACGUUCCACGACGCCACGAUCAUCGACGAGACGGUCAGUUUGGACGUUCCGAAGUUCAACGACCAAGAGAUCAAUUCCGACGCAGAUUACGAGUUUGACAACGAGGAGCUGAUCCAGGCGUUGCAGAACGACAACGACGACUUGGAGCUGCUUGCAUUUGAGAACAGCGAUGACGACUACGAUUUCUUGCUUCCUGAAGACGACCCGUACUUCAAAGAGGACAACUAUCUGUUGAAGGAGGAAACAAAUGCGAUUUUGAACGACUCGAACGACGUGAACGACUAUUCUUCGCCCGCAGUCACGCCGCGGUCGUCUAUCGUUGAUGAAAGCGCAGUCACUGACGAUGGUGACGAGGAAAAACAUGUGCGGAUCAAGGAAAUGAAGCCGGAAAAGGUCAAGUAUCUUCCUGCCCCCAAGGACAGCGAGGACGAAGAUGAGGAUGAAGACGAAGAUGAAGACGAAGACAGUGAUUCCAACAUCUCUGGACUGGACGAUAUCUUCUCGACGGACUACACUUUUGCAAACAAGCGCGGCGACCAUGUUGUGCCGAUGAACGCGAUCGUUUCUGACGAGGACGACAGCGACGUGGAAAACCAGCUGGUGCAGUACUUUUUCACGUCGGGCAGCGAGGAGUCCGACAACGACGCCGAGCACGCAUCGGGCAACGAGGAGGACAUCAAGGAGCAGGACGGCGACGAGACCGACGAGGACACUUCGCUGCCGGCAAGACCGACCCGGAAAAUUGGUAGCAAGCGGGCCAAGGAGGUUCUUUCUUCCUCCAAGAACAACUUCAGAGCGCCUUUUCUUGGCACAUUUGCGCUGUCCAAGGCGCGGAAGCCGUUUGGCAUCAUCGACGGGAUUUCCACGAGGUUUCUGCACCCCGGCCAGGACAACCGCACGUCUGUGGUGAAGGGCACGCGGAUGACCUUUGGUCAUCGCCAGCGGCAGCGGACCACUGCUCUUCCUGCUGCUCCGCCGAUCGCAUUGGACGAGCUGCUGAAUAUUAGCGAAUUCGAGGACGAGGAGCAGGAACAGACCACGUCGGUUGACUGGGACCUGUUCCACGAGAGACGGGUUCCGCUGAGUGCGUUCAGAAAUAAAGGCGUGGUCAACAGCACUUACUAUCCACCCCACACGGACGCGACGCGCAAGUACAGUUUUGGGGACCACCGGCGCAAAAAAGUGCGUGCUGCGGUUGCUGCUCUGGAGAAGAAGAAACGCAAGCCGCGCGGGUCGAUUGGUGGCAGCGAGGUGAUGAUUCCUGCUGCGACAGCGAAGUCGCUGCGCAAGGCGUCGAAGUUGCACCGUAAGGCCAAGGCCCGCAGACAGAGCAUGGCAGAGGCCCAGGCAGAAGGACUGCGUCCCACAAAAGGCGGGCUGUUCAGCGAGGAGAUCCUCAACGACGUGGAGGAGCUUCUGGUGGACAUUGGCACGAACGACGAUCUAAGCUUUCUGUUCGGAAGCUAA